UUCAUUCACCUAUUUGCUUAGAGUUCCAUUCUUUGAAUCUUUCUAAUUGAUUUUGUUCAAAAAUCUAAUUUUUUUUUCUUCAAGAAAAUUGGGGUUUUCUGGGAAAAACAAAAUUCUUAACUAGGUGGGGUUUGGUGUAAUCGAGGAAAAAAGGUUCGAACUUUGCAAAUUACAAACGUUUUCUUUUUGUUUUUCUUGGGAGAAGUUGUGGAUCUUGUAAAGCUGCUGACUUUAUUGAGAAAAAGAAAUAAAAAAGGGAGCUUCAUUUUUAUCAGCUUCAGGUGGAUCAACUUUUCUGCCAUGCGAGAAGAAGAAGAAGCUUAAAGGCGUUUGUGGCUGCAGCAUAUUAGGAUUGCAUAAUGUGCUUUGGACUUCGGUGACAAAUUGUUUGAAGCCCCAUAUAAAGGUAUAUUGUGACAGUGCUGAAGUUUGAUAAGAGUCCAGGUGGAGCUGAGUGGACUGGAUACUGUAUUUGGUUAUAAUAAUAAAAAGGCACAUCAUCGAAAGUGGAAGAGAUUGUCAUUGCUUUGAAAUUGAUUUUAGUGUUUCAAGAUGGGGAUCAACUGCUCCACACUCUUGCCUUGUUGCGUGGAUUCCGAAGUUAAGUCAUCUGUUCUUGAAGUUCCGAAUGCUGGUAGAAAAUGAGGAUAGAAUUGAGGCAAAUGAUGGGCCUGCAUUUUGUGAAUUUACACUGAAUCAACUUAAUAAUGCAACAUCUGGUUUUGCUGUUGAGAAUAUAGUAUCUGAACAUGGAGAGAAGGCUCCUAAUGUUGUUUAUAAAGGGAAGCUGGAUAAUCAAAUGAGGAUUGUUGUUAAACGGUUUAAUAGAAAUGCUUGGCCUGAUGCUCGGCAGUUUUUGGAGGAAGCUAGAUCAGUUGGUCUACUUCGAAACCAAAGAUUGGCAAAUUUGCUUGGUUGUUGUUGCGAAGAUGAUGAGAGGUUGCUUGUAGCUGAAUAUAUGCCCAAUGAAACACUUGCAAAACACCUUUUCCAUUGGGAAACACAACCUAUGAAAUGGGCAAUGCGACUCAGAGUUGUUCUACAUCUUGCAGAAGCUCUUGAAUACUGCACAAGCCAAGGGCGUGCCCUCUAUCAUGACCUUAAUGCAUAUAGAGUUCUAUUUGAUGAGGAUGGUAAUCCCAGGCUUUCGACUUUUGGCCUUAUGAAGAAUAGUAGGGACGGGAAAAGUUAUAGCACAAAUUUGGCAUUUACUCCUCCAGAGUAUCUCAGAACUGGGAGAGUUACUCCAGAAAGUGUAAUAUAUAGCUUUGGCACUCUUUUGCUUGAUCUUCUUAGUGGGAAGCAUAUCCCCCCCAGUCAUGCCCUUGAUUUGAUUCGGGACAGAAAUCUUCAGAUGCUAACAGAUUCUUGUUUGGAAGGACAAUUUUCUGAUGAUGAUGGAACAGAGUUGGUGCGCUUGGCAUCUCGAUGUUUACAGUAUGAACCUAGAGAACGACCUAAUACAAAGUCAAUAGUGGCUGCUUUGACUCCACUUCAGAAAGAAACAGAGGUUCCUUCACAGUUAUUGAUGGGUAUCCAACAUAGUGCUGCUACUGUUGCUUCAUUGUCACCCCUUGGGGAAGCAUGUUCAAGAAAGGACUUGACUGCCAUACAUGAAGUUCUCGAACAUCUUGGCUACAAAGAUGAUGAUGGAGUGGCAAAUGAGCUAUCCUUCCAGAUGUGGACUAAUCAAAUACAGGACACACUAAACAGUAAGAAAACCGGGGACGCUGCUUUCCAGCAGAAAGACUUUAGACUAGCUAUUGAGAGCUACACGCAGUUCAUUGAUAUUGGAACAAUGGUUUCUCCAACUGUCCAUGCUCGGCGCAGUUUGUGUUACCUCAUGAGUGACAUGCCCCAGGAAGCAUUGAAUGAUGCAAUGCAAGCACAAGUGAUUUCCCCUGUAUGGCACAUUGCAUCUUAUCUUCAAUCUGUUGCGCUGGCUGGACUCGGAAUGGAGAAUGAAGCACAAUCUGCACUUGUAGAAGGAACAACACUGGAAGCCAAGCGAAAUACGCCGCGAAAGUAAAGAGUUUGUACAGAUACAUUUUCUUGCUGAUUGUGUGUUCUGCAUCAUGACCAGUAUCACACACAGCAUUGGUUGUAAAUUUCAUCUUGGAUACACAAUAGAUCCAUCCCCAUUAAAAAAGGUUCAUAAUUGAGUGUUUUUACAUGUGUUUGAGAAAUUCUUGGAGAAAUAAUGUUUGGCGGAGUGUUGGUAACACCCUCCCCCUUUUUAUUGGGUAGGCUUGGAUGCUGGUUUUAACUCUCAAUAUGAUUUGAUUACUGGUGCAUGAAUCCAACCAUAGCAUUAUUUUUCCCCUAUGGGAAAAAGUAUGUGAUAGUGAAACACUUUUGUGUUUGAA